AUGAAAUUCGGUGAACACUUGCAACAAGAAAUUUUCCCUCCUUGGAGGUUAUCCUACAUCUCCUAUGAUGUGCUAAAGAAAAUGCUCAAAUGUCGUCAACUCGAUCACAAAUGGAAUGGCGAUGACGAAGACGAAUUCGUAAAAAAGUUGGAAAACGAAUUGGAGAAAGUAUAUGAUUUUGUAUCAGCAAAAUUGGGCGAGGUGGAAGCGAGAAUCAGUUACUGCGAACGCACAAUUCAGACGUUCAUCAGCAAUCCCACCUGGAGUUCAGACCAAAAUUGGACAAUCAUGGACGACGCAUUGACUGAAGUUUUAUUUGAUGUUAAUGACUUGGCUAAAUUCACUAGACUCAACUAUAUUGGCUUCCAGAAAAUCAUCAAAAAGCACGACAAAUGGACCGGCCUGCAAUUGAAGCAAGAUUUCAUUCCUCAAUUAAGAAGCAAGCCAUUAGAUAAACAGCGAUUUGAUGUUGCUAUUGUGUUCAUCUCUGCUUUGCAUGAUCUUUGCCGUCAACGUGGAAAGCCUCGUGCAGCUACAGCCAACAGCAGCAAUGAUUCACUCACUCCUUCCAGCGACAAGGGCACUGUCAAAUAUUGGGUCCAUCCGGACAACAUUACAGAAGUCAAGUCCAUCAUCAUGCUACACUUGCCUGUCUCCAUCUACAACAAAGAUAAGCGCUAUGAAGCAUCUGAUUCUGCCAUCUCCAAUGUUUAUGUUGAUAACGAAGAAUUCAAUCUCUAUACUGGUCUUUUACAACGUGAUGAGGGUGCCGAGGCAAUUCGUUUCAAAUGGCAUGGUGCUACAUCAACUCCCGAUGUGUUUGUUGAACGUAGCACACACCAUGCUGAAUGGCUGGACGGUAAAUCUAUAAAAGACCGUAUUCAAAUGUUGAGUGAAGAUGUCCACAAAUUCAUCAAUUGCACUUUGACAGCUGAUGAAUUUGCUAAUCGACUUCGAUCCAAAGGCACAGAUCCCAAGAUUGUAGACGACUGCAAAUUUGUAGCUUCUGGUGUGCAACAAUCUAUCAAGAACAAGCAACUGCAGCCUGUGUGCCGUAUCUUUUACAACCGUACAACUUUCCAAUUACCCGAUGAUCCUAGUGUGCGCAUCAGUAUUGACAAUGAUUUGACCUUUAUUCGUGAAGACAACUUUGAUGGUGUUGUGCGCAGAGGCCCUACUGAUUGGAGACGUCCCGAUGUCGGCAUUGACUAUCCCUUCAGCUAUCUUGAUGAAUCUGAAAUCUUACGCUUUCCUUAUGCAGUGCUAGAGACCAAGACCAAGAAAAAGGCCCCUUCUUGGCUUGCCAAGUUAUUGGAAUCUCACCUCGUGCAUGAAGUACCUCGUUUCUCCAAGUAUUUGCAUGGUGCGUCUUACCUAUUCCGUGAUCGUAUUCCAUUACUGCCUUGGUGGCUGUCAGAGAUGGAAAUCGAUAUUCGCAAACCUCGUGCAACUAAUUUUGGUCUGACCCGUUCGCAGUCAUUUAAACCUCUCAUUGAUGGUCAAUAUCGUCGCGCUAUGGAAGCAGAAGAGAUGCGUAUGGAAAUGGUGAAUGAAACAUCUUUAGGCAGGAGAAGCAUAGACACACUGAGUGGCGGAUCAUCACAAAAGCUAAUCAAAUCCAAUAGCAGCGAGUUCCUCAAUGCAAGCAGUGUGAACAGAUCAGAUACUGCAGCCUGGGAGAACAAGCCUCAUCGUAUGCAAUCUACUCUUGUUGUCAAAGGUGAUGAUCCUCUCAAUUAUGGUCCACUUCGCCAAAAGAACAUCAAACGCAAAGACAAAGAAUCAGGCGAUCUUGGUGAAGAGAUUGAUUUCAAUAACGGUGAUAUUCGAUUAGACAUGGGCGCUUCUUCUGGUGGCAAAAAGAUAUUUGAAGACACCAUGUACAUCAAGGACCCCAAUGAUCCCAACAACAAGAUUCCUGUCAAGAAAGUCAAGGUUGAACCCAAAGUUUUCUUCUCCAACGAACGUACCUUUAUCGCCUGGCUUCAAUUCUGUGCCCUGCUAUUGUCCGUUGCAUUGAAUUUGCUUAAUUUUGGUGAUAAUGUGUCUCGUAUUGCUGGUGCCAUCUUCAUUGGUAUUUCAGCAGGUAUUGCUAUUUAUGCAUUAUAUCAAUUUGAAAAACGUGCUUGGAUGAUUAAUCGUCGUAUCGUGGGUCGUUAUGAUGAUCUCUGGGGCCCUGCUGUCCUUUGUUUCCUCUUGGUGGGCGCUUUGAUUGUCAAUUUUUACCUUCGUUUCCGUUAG